AGGCCAGCGCCGCGCCGGUACAAUCAAACACCCCUGCUCCGGCCCCGGCGCCCGCCACCGUGACAAGUGACGCGAAGCUGGAGGAAGGCGCCGUGACGGAGCAAGAGGGCGUUGUGGUGGCCUUGGCGACUGAGGGUGUGGACCAGGCCUGCACGGAGGACACAGCACCCUCACCUGGCGAAGCCAAUAUGGAGGUGGAUGACACAAGCAUCCAAGCGCAAGCACAAAAGGGUGUUGUGCUGGCCUUGAUGAGGGAGGGAGCGACCUCACCGGGCGAAACAAAGAUGGAGGUAGAUGACAUCCCGGAUGCCGUGGCGAGUCAGGUGAAGAUGGAGGAUCAGCGGCCCACAGCGCCUGCCGCCACCCUUCAGGUGAAGGUCAAGCAGGAGGAGGGGGAUUGCUUGGUGGGACGCUACGUCAGCCGGGCCGCUGACGGCAAAAGGAUCAGCCUUGGCAAGGUCGCGUCGUACGACAGCACCACAGCGGUCUACAGCGUCGUGUUUGAGGAUGGGCAGGAGGAGGAGCUGGGGAUUGCUCGGCUCCGGGAGCUGCUCAUGUCGGAGGAGAACGGCGCGUCCGGCAUGAAGGUCAGCUGCAGGAAGAGGAAGCUGGACCUGGUGGUUUCCUCAGGGAGCGCCGCCGCGGUGAAAGGUCCGCCAACUACUAGACAGAAGGUUGACGCGUCGCAGCAGAGCGGGUCUGGCUCUGAUGCCUCGGAGGAUUUGGAGUCCUCGAGCAAUUCAUCGGAUUCUGCCAAAGAGUUGCCAGCUGAGCCAUCCCCUCCGGUUCAGGCCCCAGAGUUGCCGCCGUCGUCGGGCGACAUUGAUGUGCCGGAGGAGUCGGUCAGCCAUCUUCUUUCUGUGUAUAACUUCCUUCGGUCCUUCAGCGUGCAGCUGUUCCUCAGCCCAUUUGGGCUGGACGAUUUUGUUGCGUCCAUCAAUUGCUCUGGCCAGAGUACGCUGUUGGAUGCGGUGCAUGUCUCGCUGCUCCGUGCGCUGAGGCGGCAUCUCGAGACUAAAUCCUCUGACGGAUCAGAACUUGCUUCAAAUUGCUUAAAGCAUCUGGAUUGGGCGUUGCUAGAUGCAUUGACUUGGCCAAAUUUGUUACUGGAGUACCUCUAUGUAAUGGGUUGCAUGAAGACUCUAGGGGGUAAGAGUUUUGGUAGAAACCUCUUGGCCAUUGAAUAUUAUAAGCUCCCUGUCGCGAUGAAGCUUAGGGUCCUGCAAAUACUCUGCGACCAUGCAAUUGAUUCCGAAGAACUCAAAACUGAACUGGAGGCACGGGAAGCCUACAAUGAGGAAAUGGACGAGAUCGAUUCUGGUACAUUUUCAGAGGUCCUGACUAGACCCUCGAGGGCUUCUGCUUACAAAAAGAUUGAAGGCUUCCAGAAUUUGGAAACUGCUCCAGUCGUAGCAAAUCCAGAAGCUGCUGUAGCAAAUGCAUCUCUCGAUGGCAACAGUGAUGAUUGCCGAAUAUGUGGAAUGGAUGGGACUCUGGUAUGUUGUGAUGGCUGCCCAUGGGCAUAUCACUCAAGAUGUAUUGGUCUCAACAAAGCGUUUCUCCCCAAGGAACAGUGGUUCUGUCCAGAAUGUGUGGUUAACAAGCUUGGGCCAACAUCUUCAAGGAUAGAGCGUGGGGCAAGAGGAGCUCAAAUGUUCGGCAUUGACAUGUGUGGGAGACUCUUCCUGGGAUCCUGCAACUAUUUGCUGGUGAUUGGAGCAUCUUCGGAUGCAGACUCUUAUGCAAGAUAUUACAAUCAGUAUGAUGUUGUCAAGGUCAUUCAAGUACUUGCCUUUUCAGAUGCAUAUACAGAAAUAUGCAGGAGAAUAACAGAGUACUGGCCGCACCUACUGGAUGUAUUUCAGAACGAGAGAUCAAAAAGAGGGAAAGAUACUGGUGCAAGCCAUGCUCUACAAGGCAAUACGUUGCUGAGUCUUACUCCAAGAAAAGCAGAAGACGGCAGGGUUGGUGCAGCCUUAAAAGAGGGUGGGGAGAGUAAGACACCAGUACUUCCUCAAGUAAAUAUGCAGCACGAGUUCGUGGUUAAUCAAUUUACAGUGAGCUCUGCCGAACAAGUGGAGGAACAAAAAUGCAUGGUGACUAGUGUAGAUGCUGUCAGUGAGAAGAACAGCGUACAAACUCCUUUAGCUCAAAACAAUGUAUAUACUGCACCAGUGAAUGGAGCUUUUGGAUCCUCUGGGCCGUCCUCAGUUUCUCAUCAGAAUGGUUCCGUGGUAACAGGUUUCUCUAACAUAAUGCAUGCACCGCCAACACAUGGGUUAAUUCGUCCGGAUUCAUCCGCCUUCUGUUCAGGGAUUGAUAAUGGCACGCCCAAACACGAUGUUGGGGGCUCCAUUUUGGUUAAGGCAGACUCCCUUUGUCCAUCCUAUCAAAGCAAACAUCCAUUUGGAAAUGUGACUGGUGGCAAGCCAGCUAAAUUAUCAUCAUUUAAACCUCAGGCUUACAUGAAUUUGUACAAUCAUGGCAAUAUUGCAGCAUCUGCCGCCGCUAAUCUAGCUCUUCUUACAUCAGAUGAAGGUAAAGUUUCAGCAGCCCAAAUCAUCACAAAUCCAAGGAAGAAAAUGGCUGCUGACUGUGCUCUGCAAGUAAAAGCAUUUUCCUCAGCAGCCGCUCAAUUUGUUUGGCCAAGUACUGAAAAGAAGGUUAUGGAAGUCCCAAGAGAUAGAUGUGGUUGGUGCCUUGCCUGUAAAAGCUCGGCAAUUGGAAAUAAAAAGGCUUGUUUUCUUAAUUUAGCCACCGUGAAUGCUUCUAAAGGAUCUGCUCGAAUUUUUAGUGCCAUGCAUGUAAUCAGAAGUUCUGAGAGCCAUUUCCCCAGCAUCGUUGCUUAUCUGACCAACAUGGAGGAGAGCUUGCGUGGCCUUUUAGUGGGUUCUCUACAAGACAUGCAGCAGAGACAACGGUGGCAUAAACAGCUACAAGAAGCUUCCAACUGCAGAACUAUAAUACCCCUCUUGCUUGAAUUGGAGAAUAAUAUUCGUGGCAUAGCAUUUUCUGCAAGCUGGUUGAAGCUAAUGGAUGACUGGCCUGUGAAAUCUCCUGGUGUAUCCGCCGGACCAUCACGAUCUGCAGCAUACCAAAAACGUGGAACUGGUGGAAAGCGGGGCAGAAAACGUUCGUUGGCAUUUGAAUCUGCUACUGCUACCGAUGAUGAUAAGAGCUGGAAAGAGGUGAAUUGGUGGAAUGGAGGAAUAUUGUCUAAACGUAUUUUGCAGAGGGGCGCUCUUCCGAUUUCAGCCAUAAGAAAAGCUGCUCGUCAAGGUGGUAAAAAAAAGAUGGAAGGUCUAUCUUAUCAUGAAGCUUCCAUUUUUCCAAGACGUACUCGGCAGUUUGCUUGGAGAGCAUGUGUUGGAUUAAGCUGUAGUUCAUCUCAACUUGCUCUGCAGGUUAGAUACCUUGAUGCCCAUAUAAAAUGGAAGGAAUUCAUCCUUCCGGAUCAAAUUUCUUCAGAUGGAAAAAGUUCAGAUGCUGACUAUUCUGCUCUCAGAAAUGCAGUAGUUUGUGAUAAAAAAAUAGUGGACGGUAACAUAAGAUAUGCACUUAAGUUUACAAACCAGAAGCAUCUUCCUGUGCGUAUAACCAAGAAUAUUUUGGAAGCAGAAGAUAAUGAGGAUGAGAAUGGUAAAUUGUGGUUUUCUGAAAGCCAUGUCCCACUGUACUUGGUACGAGAUUUUGAGCAGGGAGCUGGGGUUAGCUCCUCACCUAGUCCAGGAAUGAUAAUCUGUAACAGUUCCACCUAUUUCUACCAACGGCCAGUAAAGGCAUUCAUUGGAGAUAUCUUUUAUUAUCUCUUUCACAAGGGAGAUGUAUAUCCCUGCGCCUCAUGCAAGAAGGAUGUUGCCUUCAGGGACGUCGUAAACUGUAGCUCUUGUCAAGGCCAUUGCCAUAAAGAGUGCACAUCAGGAUCUGCUUCCAGUAUGAUAUGCAAAUUAUGCCUUCAGAAGCGUAAUCUCAUCCUCGCAAACAAGAAGAAAAAUGCAAGUCAAGUGCUGCUUCAACAAAAGAGCAAUGGCCAGCUGCCAGUGACUGCUCCCAAAAUAAUCUUCAGGGUUGGUUCUUCCCAUUCUUCUGAACCAGCCAUGAAUGCUAAAGCCCAUCUAGACACUAAGGUUCAAGCUCAGCCAGUUACAAAGGUGGAAGCCCAGCCAAUCACAAAGGUGGAAACCCAGACCAUCGGGAAGAUGGAAACCCACCCAAUACCGAAGGUGCAAGCUUGGCCUGUCACAAAUGUGGCAACUCAAAAUAUUGCAGAGGUGCAGGUUCAGCCAAAAAAGACUAAAACUAAGAAACCAAAGCCAGAGAAGCCGAGAAAACCUAAAAAGGUUCAAGUGAUCACAUACUUUGGUCUCGUUUGGAAGAAACAUAUUAAUGACAGUGGUGGAGAAGAUUUCAGGGCAAAUGAUGUAAUCCUAAAAGGGAAGGAUGGUAUAGGUUCUUCAGUAAAACCAGAUUGCUGUCUCUGUAACAAACCUUAUAGUCCAGAUUUCCUGUAUGUCCGCUGUGAGAGGUGCCAAAAGUGGUUUCAUGGUGAUGCUUUGCAACUUAAGGAAGAAAAAAUAACUGACGUGGUUCAGUACCGAUGCUGUAGAUGCCGAAGGAGAGCCAUACCACAAUGUCCUCAUUCAGAUGAUUAUAGAGAGCCUGAACCAGAACUCAGUGAACAAACAGCUGCUAUGUCGUCGCAGUCAACUAUGCUCUCUGGUGAGGAGACUUUUGCUGUUGCUGAUCAAGACCCACUUCUUGCUUCAUAUGGAAUAGUUGAACCAAUUGGGGAUGAAACGAUAAAUUCUGGUUUAUCAAUGAACAUGCCAAGUCUUACCCCUGGAAAUAAUCAGAAAUUAUCCAUAAGAAGGGCACAAGUUAAAAAUUCUGAGUAUCUUGAUCAAGCUGGCACACCCGCGAAUGGGUAUUAUGUUCAGAACCAACCUCCAGGGAAUGCAAACAUUGAUUUCAGUCAUAUGAAUGAAUUUUCUUUGUCGGAGACUGAUGGUGUGGAUGCUUCAGAGCUAUUGGGGUGGGAUUUUGCCCAAGGAAAUGGAUAUGCUGCUGCUCCUGAUUAUGGUACUAAUUCCCAGUGGAAUGACAGUAGUGGUGGCAGCUUUGUGGCUGAUGAAUAUGAACCCCAAACUUAUUUCUCGUUCACAGAGUUGCUCGAAGCAGAGGAUACUCAGCUUGAUAACACAUUUGGGAUGUCUACCAGUCUGCAAAAUGAUGGUAACUUGACAGGAAGCUUUGAUCAGCAAGGGGCCAGUUUUGAUGAAUUUUCUUUCAUGGUAGAAGAUGAGUCUUCAAAUAUGCACUUCCCAGCAAAUGAUGCAUCCAUUGUGGAGUUAGCGUGCCACAAGUGCAAGAUCCCUCAACCGCCACCUGAUCUCAAAUGUUCGUCUUGUGGCCUGCACGUACACCGUCACUGUUCACCUUGGCAGGAUAGUGAACAGCCUGCUGAUAGUGCCAAUUGGAGGUGUGGCACUUGCCGGGACUGGCCAUGAUGAGCUUUCAACUUCAUUGAUUUGAGUACCAGAGCGAAUGCUGCUGACUUUUAUGACAGAUGUCUUAUGAAGCGCUCUGGGGAAUGUCGAUAGAAAAUUUUCCAUCUAGCUGUUGGUAUGGGGCCAUAGUGAUCAUGUGGAACUGAAAUUGGCGUUGGCUAUUGGACAUACUUUUAACCAUCAGAAAGUUAGACUAGUUAUACCCGGUCUCUGCAAAGUUGACAUUGUACAUACUAAAGGAUGGGUCACCGGUGACCGUUUUCCAUUCUUUAGAUGGUUUAUUUCGGGGAGAGCAAUAGAACUAGGAUGCUGUUAGCAGCAGGGUAUAUGGUACUAGGAAGCCUAUUCCCGUCGGUGUAUCCCCUUGCAUUUUUUUUCUUCUUUUUAACAGAUAGAAGUGCCUUGUUCACUCUUUGUUAGAGUGGCUGUUGUUAUCCUUGAAAUUUCUCAGCCAUGUUAAAAUGCUUACUCAUCUCCGUGCCUGUUGGCUGCUCUUGCCGGUGCGAACAUGCGACAGAAUUGAGAUGUGGAGAAGAGGGGCAUUUUUCAUGUGUGCUAUUAAACAGGGAAAUUGGUCUCCAUGGUGAGUUUGGUUUGUCAAAA